AUGGAGAUUCCGCGUCAACAGCAACCGCUGCCUGUGGUUCAUAAUGCUUACACACCAAAGGAAGCGAUCGAGAUUUCAUCUAGAACUGGUGCCUACAAAGCACACAUGCGCAUCGACAAGACGAUUGUCAGCAGUUUUAUGGCCGGUGCUCUUCUCUCUUUUGGCGGUGCCUGUUACUCCGUCAUUAACACAUCUACCUGGUUGAACGAAAAUGCUCCUGGUGUCGUCAGAAUGUUUGGAGCCUUGAUCUUCCCCUUCGGUCUCGUUGUCAUUGUCAUGACUGGAGCAGAUCUCUGUACUGGAAGUUUCAUGUACACCAGUUUGGCUGCUCUCCAUCGCCGGACAUCCGUCUUGCUGAUGCUGAGACAUUGGUUGAUUACCUUCUUUGGUAACCUCGCCGGUGCUCUGUUUGUUACUUGUAUCAUUGUUGGCUACGGAGGCGUUUUGUCGGCUCCUGCUUACCGCACGGAACUUCUCAAGAUUGCUACUACCAAGGCUGUUACACCUGAGUGGCAUCAGAUCUUCCUAAAGGCUAUCGGUGCCAACUGGUUGGUGUGUCUGGCUUGUUUCUUGGCUUGCUGUGCCAGAGAGUUCUUCUCAAAGGUCUGCGCUAUCUGGUGGCCUGUCUUUGCCUUUGUUCUUCUCGGACUGGACCACGUUGUCGCAAACAUGUUCUACAUUCCCAUGGCUAUCUUCCUACACCACCCUGACAUUACAGUCGGCUACUACAUCUGGAAAAGCAUGAUCCCAGCCGCGCUAGGCAACAUUGUCGGCGGCAGUGUCUUUGUCGCCUUUGUCUACUGGUACCUCUUCCUCAUCGGCGAGAGCACCGAAAUCAUCAUCGAUGGCGAUUACUACGACACAAAAAGCUCACCUCGCUCAUCUGUCAGCUCGGCAGUUGCUUCUUCCACAGAAGUUCCUCAGCACAUUUCCAAGAAGGAUGAUGGACAGAUGGUUUGA